AAAUUUGUGACCAGUUCUAAUUGCUAGCAAAUGAUUUACAUUUAUCCCAAGCCAUUUCUCUCUCACACCAGUUCCACACAAGAGUUACCAACAGAUGCAAGUCUAAACCAUUGAAACUCACUCACCUCCAUUGUUCUAGUUUCUUCACCAGGAAGAAAUAACAAAAGAAAACACCUUCUUCUUGGUUUUCCUUUUCUGAUUGUAAAGAAUCUCUCUUUUCUAAUCUGGGACUUCACUGUUCACUAUCUUCGUCAUCUUGCUGUGGAUUUAUUAUUUAUUUCUGCUAUCAUUCUACUAUGAUCUCAUUUCCAGUUUCUCGUUCGUCUCGAGUGUAGGGGAAUUUUGUUGUAAGGUAUGGAAUUCGAGACCCCAUAUCCAUCUUGUUUUAUGUCGAAUUCGAAUUGGUUUGUUCAAGAGGGUCACUAUACAGAAUGGAGCAGAGAAGAGAAUAAGAAGUUUGAAAGUGCCCUUGCCAUAUAUGACAAGGAUACCCCAGACAGAUGGCUGAGGGUUGCGGCCAUGCUCCCGGGAAGAAGUGUCUGUGAUGUGAUCAAACAGUACAGGGAAUUGGAAGAAGAUGUUUGUGAAAUAGAAGCAGGGAGGGUUCCAAUUCCUGGAUAUCUUACCUCUUCUUUCUCAUUGGAAAUGGCUGAGAACCAAUGUUAUGAUGCCUGCAGAAAGAAGCCUGCUACUGUCAAGACUUCUGAUCAGGAGAGGAAAAAAGGGGUCCCUUGGACAGAAGAGGAACACAGACGUUUUUUGAUGGGACUUCUAAAGUAUGGUAAAGGGGACUGGAGAAAUAUUUCUCGGAAAUUUGUGAUCACAAAGACUCCCACCCAAGUGGCAAGCCAUGCUCAAAAGUAUUACAUAAGGCAAAAGCUUUCUGGAGGGAAAGACAAUAAGAGGAGGCCUAGUAUCCAUGACAUCACCAUUGUUAAUCUUACAUCAGACCAAGAGAAGCUCAAUGAAUCUCACAUUCCCUCUCAGAAACUGAAGCUGAAUAGCAUGUCAAAAUUACAACUUGAAUGGAUAAAUCGCCACAACAAUAUUGGUUCACUCAUGGCUUUCAAUCCAAAUUAUGAUACGUUGAUGUCACCUUCAUCUGCUCAGGAUUUCUAUGAAUGCGCCUUUCAUGAGACUUAUGCCAACCUUAAAAAUCCAGGUUUCAACAAGGAAGCUAUUUUUGGUAUUCAUGCACUGUAAUGCCCGCUCUGAUCAUGUGAUGAACCACACACCAGUUCUGCUACAUAGAUAAUAUUAAUAUAUAACCCUGAAUGAAUACAAGUAUAUAUGAACUAAGGGUACUUGUUUUAUGUUAUGAACUUAAAUAAUGUUUCAUUCCUUGAACUGUUUUGGAGUGAACCCUUUUCAAGUUUUCUUGUCUAUCACAUAGUCAGACAAUUAAGGUGUCUAUUUGUUUGUAUAGACUCAAUCUGCAUCAGACGAUGCACCAUUCUGCUAUUCUAAGCCUCGGGCAACGAGACAAUGUUUAUUGAACUCCAUUAGAUCA